AUCCUAUACGACAGCGUUAGAAGGAGGUUUGCGUGGGCAGUGCAUCUCACAUUCUUAGCUUUCGGUGUCCUCCCGAAGCUUUGCUACGACACUGCUUGCAUUUGCCCGGGUAUGUUCACUCCUUCAACCAGUCGAGCGCCAUGCCUCUUCUGUUCAUUUCGAGCCAUCUUUCCAUCGACGCAGAACCGAUGUUCUGCCAACAUCCGCGCCUUCUCUACCACCGCUGGUCGGACAGAUCGAAGACACCAUAAAACCUCUCUCGCCGUCAGAUCCGUUCUCUCUGAGCCUUCGAAGUCUCGUCGAUCAAGUCGGCGUCCAGUCCCCAAAACGCUCCAGAUCUCACCCGAUGCGAGUUACAACCGUGUCCGCGUCAGCUUGUCAAAACUAAAGAAGCACUUGGAGUCCACCAGGGUGACAGCGGAAUCAGAAGUUACACAAUUUGCGGCGCUCGAUCCUCGUGGGAUCUACUGGCCCGCAUUCAGAGAACGCCUCGAAAAUACACUUACCGCACGGGGUGACUCUGAGGGUGCGGAUUUUGACGGCCUGAUAUAUGACAUUGGCCGUGCUCAGUUAGGCGACUGGCAGACUGAACUGCCGAGAGUACUACAUUUUGGCUUCAUUGAUUAUGUCCUUUUGAGAAAGGCACAAGAUACUCCGCAGGAACGUUCGGCGCUCGACGAUCUGCAAUUCCCUACAGAAUGGUAUACCAAUGCCCGGCAAGUGCAAAGAGAUGUCCAUUUGCACAUCGGCCCGACCAAUUCUGGGAAAACCUACAAUGCCCUGAAAAGGCUCGAGGAGAGUGGAGACGGUUUCUACGCUGGCCCUCUACGGCUGCUAGCCCAUGAGGUGUACUCGAGAUUCAAAGCGAAGGCCGUCCCUUGUGACCUUAUAACCGGAGACGAUGUCAGACUAGAGGAUGAUCCCAAUACGAAGCUACGUGCCUCGACCGUAGAAAUGGUCGACAUCUCUGCCCGAUUUGAGGUUGCCGUGAUCGACGAGGUGCAGAUGAUGGCUGACCAGGAUCGAGGUUGGGCAUGGACUCGAGCUUUCCUUGGUGCCAAUGCAAAAGAAGUCCACAUCUGCGGGGAGACGAGAGUGCUCCCCCUUGUCCGAGAACUAACAGCAAGCACCGGUGAUAUACUUCAUGUGCACGAGUAUAAGAGACUUAAUCCGCUCAAAGUCAUGACAAAGAGUCUGCGAGGAGACCUCAAAAACCUACGCAAGGGGGACUGCAUUGUGGCAUUUUCGGUCGUUAAUAUACACGCACUGAAAAAACAAAUCGAGCUGGACACAGGUCGUCGUUGUGCAAUUGUAUACGGAAGUCUUCCUCCCGAAACCCGGGCGCAGCAAGCUGCUCUGUUCAAUGAUCCCAAUAAUGACUACGAUUUCCUGGUGGCAAGCGAUGCGAUUGGCAUGGGAUUGAAUCUGAGCGUGAAGCGCAUUGUCUUUCAUAGCGUUUCAAAGUUUAACGGGACCUCCAUUGUGCAACUGUCUACCGCUCAAAUCAAACAAAUUGGUGGACGAGCCGGACGCUUUCGAAACGCACAUCAAGCCAUGCAUAACACCGCGGCCGCUUCAGAGUCGAAUGUGGGAUUGGUCACGACUCUCAAUGAUGAGGACUUAGCUCUUGUACGAGCUGCUAUGGAUUCGGAGGCUGCGCCAAUCAAAAGAGCGGGUAUGCUACCACCCGCUGAGGCCAUGGAGGAGCUCGAGGGUCGUUUGCCCAAAGGGAUUCCUUUUGAAUACAUCCUGAGGCGCCUGUGUGGGAAAGCUGCCACGCACGAGCGAUUCCGGGUAUGCAGCAUUCGAGAUCAAAGUCGAAUUUCUCGAGUGAUCGAACCUGUCCGAGAGUUGACCAUGACCCAACGCAUCAUGUUGACUGCCGCACCAGCCACUUCUGCCUCGCAAGCAAUGGACGAGGUUAUGAGAGCGUUCGCGAGAUGUGUGGCGGAGCGGAGACAGGUGACAAUCAUCGACAUACCUGAAGUGCAACUAGAGGUUCUUGAGAAGCCGAUUUCGGGAGACCGAGCAUACCUGGAAAGUUUGGAAGACCUCCACAAGUCCCUAGUCCUGUACCUCUGGCUCAGUUACAGAUUCUUGGGCAUCUUCAAAGACAGGGAAAUGGCUGUAUACGCCAAAGAGCUGGCAGAAGAGCGAAUCAACACCUGUCUCCUUGAGUUUUCUGCCAAUCCCGACCUACGCAAGCGAGUUUUAUCGUACAAAAAGAGGAUGAGUCUUCCUCAAAUCGACACCGAAGAAGGCGAGACAACUAAUCAAGGAUCUCGAUCGGAGCUGCCAGAAGAAGCCGAGGCCCUUCCUGUGAACUGGAUUAGGGGUUCUCCUGCGGUUGAAUUCGAGGAAUCUCCGCCUAUACAAUCCUACAACGUGGCACACGGCUGAAUUUGAGGGUACUCAUGCAGCUGUUUCACGAUAUGUGCCAAAGUCACACUCUGCCAGAGACAGCUUGGCGUACUCAAUGAGGACAGCGUGCAGUGCCCUUGAGAAACACCGCAGUGUAUCUGGCGGGUAUUGUCAAAGUCCCAUUGCAAACAUACCCUGCAGAGUCCGAAGCAGAAACUGUUCUCGGCAAAUACCAAGAAGUCACGAUGUACACAAGCAACGAAAGUGUAGCAGUGGAUGAUUUCCAUUGUAUUGCUAGUGUGCUACCGUGUACCAAAUCUUUUUUUUUUCGCUAAUACCCAUCUCAAUGCUUCCUUGAAGGAAUCGGGGUUAUGCCGGUCUUUUCACUUGACACGCUCAUCGUUGGGUAACCACCUUGUCAGCACCGCCGGCCGACGGGUUGGAUGCUGCCAUUUCGCGAGCGAGUUGAUCCUCGGUCUUUUUGUUGCCAUGUAGGAUCAAUCGGUUCAAGAAGCUCCCUGGCUUGCCUGCGUCAUGUCCUUCUUUCUCUGCAUCAUCGGCCUCUUUGGUGACAUAGUCCAUGGUUUCUUCAUCAGCCGAGUCGACGUCGUCAAAGUCGGCUGGACAAUGUUAGUUACGGUUAUGUCCAACAGUAAGGGACAGCGAAUAGGAUCGUGUGGAUGAAAGACGGUCAUGCUCAAGCUUUGUAUUAACUACUGUAGUAGCAUUCCAGAGAAGAUGAAAAGCAAGCAAUGUACAUACGUUCUUUGUCUUUGUGGCUGAGACGGCGCUUGAUCUUUGCUCGAAUGCUGUCCAUUUUCGAUGACAACGAUGAGGAUAGGCUAGGCUAAGGUGGAACUCUGUACAAAACGCAAGGACCGCGAGGAGAGUUCUCUGUAGGAGUGUAAAGAAUAGCUGGAAGAGAAAACAAAGACGGAUUGCAGACUGUGAAGGCGGG